AUGAGAGCGAGCAUCCUCACCCUCGCCAAGCUUGGCUUUUUACUCCUCAUCUCUCUCUUCCUCUUCACCUCGCUCCUCUUCACCUCGCUCCCCUUAGCCUUCGCCCAGAAAUCCAAAGACCAAAGUUCCCUCUUCUCCCGCAUCCAAUCUUCCUCAUCCGGCUUCAUCGACAUCGACUCCAAAGAAUUUGCCACCAUCACCGCCCAACCUCGCGACUAUGCCGUCUCUGCUCUCCUCACCACCACCACCGGCGGCAUCAAGUGUCCCCCCUGUGUUGCUUUCCAACCUGAAUUCGAAAAAGUUGCUUCACAAUGGAAUUCCGACAAGGCGGUCAAGUCGAAGCAUGUCUUUGUCAAAGUCGAAUUCUCCCGUGGUAAAUCGACCUUUGCGCAGUUCCAGCUCCAACAUGCUCCCGUGUUGUUGACUUUCCCAGCAACGAGUAAGAGGGAGCCGAAUCCGAGACAUGUUUCGUUUGAUUUUAACGACCGAGGCUUUUCCGCUCCGGAAGUUGCGGAUCACUUGAACAAGUUGCUGAAGAUGAACUUUAAGUAUAAGCAACCGCUGAAUACGAAACUUAUCACAGCUUCUAUCACGGGGGUGAUCACCCUAGCUGGGGCAGUCUUUUUCAUCGGUCCACACCUCCCUUCGCUGUUCAAAUCGAGCAAGCCAAUUUGGAUGUUGUUGUGUCUAGGAUCAAUGAUUCUCUUCACUUCAGGUCACAUGUGGAACUCAAUCCGAGGAGCACCUUAUGUUGCGAUCGGUGCAGGGGGUAGACCGGAGUAUUUCGCGGGCGGCUUUCAGAAUCAGUAUGGAGUGGAGACGCAGAUUGUCGCUGCGAUCUAUAGCUUGUUGGCGUUUAGCUUCAUCGCACUGACCGUACUAGUGCCGGCACAGAGAGAUGCAACGAGACAGAGAGCAGGUGUGUAUGUUUGGAGUGCGAUCUUUCUGGGGACUUUCAGUCUGCUGUUUUAUAUCUUUAGGACUAAGAACCCUAGUUAUCCCUUCAGACUUUUCUUCUGA